AAUUUAUUAUUAUUGCAAUAAAAAUAGCAAUUAAAUUGUUUUAUAUGAAUUGAAAAAAUUUCAAUUAUCCCGCGUAAAAUUUAAUCGAAGAUUCAUUGAAAGUAAAUAGUAAGUAAUAACGCAUCUGAAAACAAGCUGUGCAGGAUGUUCUAUAUUAAAGAUGAUGGAAAGUGGGUUUUACCGUGGAUUUUACUAGAAAUUGCUGCUGUUUCAUACUACGGGUUCUCAACUAAGCAUCAGCGCGGUGGAAGUGAAAAAAGUACGUCAAAAAGUUGUUGCAACGCGACGUACUAUAUAUCAGUUAAAAAAAAAAAAGAGGUUAAAGCAACGUACAAUGUGAAAAAAGAUUUGUCCGGCAAGAACAAGGCCCGGAAAUACGAGAAGAUUAGACGAAAAUCACGAACACGUGGCAAGACGUGAAGCGGGCUUUUAGCCUGCUCUGUGUUAAAACAUUUCCUGACAGCAACACAAUGUUGGAGGCACCUCCUGGCAGUCGGGAAGAUCUCGUUGAGGCAGCAAGGACACCAUGCACACCUACAGAUCUGGACUCUAUGCUGUAUGGCUACACCAACGGCAUAUACGUACUAGAUCAUACGCCUGAAUCCAUGCCGGAUAUGGAUAUGCUGCAACUAUUUGCGUCACCAGCAGGCCGAGCUUUAGUGGCUGAAGAUAAUCACAGUCGACGGCGAGGCGGGACAUCAACUUCCUCAUUAUCCAGAGAAUCCUCGCGAUUAAAAAAUUCACGUAGACUUAGUACGACAAUAACCAGUCUCAGUACUCAACCAUCUGGUACACCAAGUCCACCUCCUAGACAACGAAAAUCCAGUGCAGAGCUUUACAAAGAAGCCGUUGAAAUUCUAGGCCUCACGUGUUCGCUCACCGACAGCUGCCGAUGCCUCGAUUGUCAAAGCAAUUACUUUGACUGUGACGACGAUUGCGGCGAUGCAAGAACCGAAUUGGCAGCAGGUACACCGAUACUUCUGGAUCACGCUUUGUCCCAUCCACUUACGUGCUCCAUACAGUAGUAAAGACCAGUAACACGCGAGACGUAGCCUGGAGUCUCGAUCGAUCUGUCAAAGGUCUAGUCUCCUUGCGAAUGUGUACGUGCUACCUAGCGCCUCAAAGAAAUCACCCAAAAAAAACUCUCACUUUCUCUUGUUCUGUUAUAUAUAUAUAUAUACUUUUUUUUCUUUUCUUCAUUCUAUUAUCUACCACACAUUUUUUAUUUCGUCUUCUCACCUUCAACUCAUUCUCCUUUAUUUUCUUUAUCCUCAAUAACGGUUCUCACAUAUACGUGCGUCAACCAAAGAUCCUUACAAUAAAAUAAACCAAGCAAUCGUGAGCUCAGUAACAAAGAAAAAAAAAAUAAAAUAAAUGAAAGUAAUAAGAGGAUGAAUUAUGAGACGAAAAAUAAAAAAAAAGUUAAGAAAUUUAAAAGCAAACGUAAAUAUAUAUUUAAAAAACAUCAUAAAUUUUCUAAUAUAAACAAUAAAUAUA